AUGCCCAGGUUGGCAGGAGAAACAUGCAGUGGUGAUGCUGACGAAGCGCUCAAGACUAUGGAGAAACGAAAACCUAACUUCAUGCGAUUCGGCAGAAGUGUGUCGUUUGGAAAGAAAGGUUCCGAUCCAAAUUUCCUCCGAUUCGGCCGAAACCAACCGAAUUUCCUGAGAUUCGGCAAAGCCGCCGGUGAUCCUAAUUUCCUUCGCUUUGGUGAGUUACCCGACGAGCCAGUGGUGAUCCAAACUUCUUGCGAUUCGGUAAACGAGGUGCUGACCCGAAUUUCUUGCGUUUCGGACGUAAACCAAACUUCCUCCGUUUUGGCAAGUAAACAGCAGACGAUAACCAUGACGAUACUACCACUUCAUCGUUCUUCACCUUGA